CACAUGACUCUUUUCGCGUGUGACUGGUUUGCAUUCCUGUAGUUAUGUUCCUCGGGUCAAACCGUUUUUUCCUCACCGGUGGACUGACCACAACAAACCUGAAAAUACUCGACGUGGCUGUUAUAAAACUUGUCUUUUCUCGCAUUCCGAGUUCAUCCUUGGAUUUCCAGGGCAGCGUUUUGAUGAUCUGACGCGAGCUGGGACAACUUCGCUGUUUUGUGUUUUGGUGGUGGAGACGAGACCUGAGAUUACUGAUGGCAGCAUAAUACAUCAGUUUGGACCAUGGCAGAAUUUAUUCCGCCAGACUCCAGAGGGUGUCAUUUUUUUUUACUAUAUGAUGGCUCCAAGGUGAAGGGAGAGGGAGAUCCGACCAGCAAGGGGAUCUGUUACUUCUAUCCGGAAGAGACCCCCAUCGAUAAGCAAGAGCUACUUUGUGGUCAACUUGCCGGGGUGGGCCGUUGCAUUUCGGAGCUUUCUUCCUCCCGUGUGCGCCUUCUGAAGCUGCGUCGCCACAAAUUUGCAAUCCAUAUGAAAGAGGACUUCUUUUGGGCGCUGGGCUGCUCCAUGGAAACUCCCACUGUUAGUGUCUGUGAGCUACUGGAUAAGAUAAUAAACCUCUUUUGUUUCUACAAUGGCUCUGUUCGGCAGAGCUACCAGUUUAAUAGUCAGGAAAGCUUGGCUGCUCGGUGGUCACGAUACCUGUCAUACUUGCUCGCUGGACCUUCUGAGCUUCAUCACGUCUUCAGUUCCAUGACCACUAUUGAGUCGACAAAUGUUGACCCGCUUCUGUUGCUCAAGGCUGCGCUCAUUCUUCAGGCCUGCCAGCGCUGCUGCCCCCUAGUGUUAGCAGGCUGUAUUCUUUUUAGAGGAAGAGUGGUGAGCACACAGAUGCCCCCAGAUGUUACCAUGAAGAUUAUGGUUCAUGAGAGUGAAAACUUCAAGGCACAGUCGCCCAAAGGCCUGAGUCCCUCCAACUUCUUCGGUGAUGCUGUCAGCUCUACUUCUGUGUUCCUCACCAUGUUUGAACUUCAGUACCUGCAGUCUGCUCCUGUGGACAGAGAUUCAUGGUCCCAGUUUACACCGAUGAAAUACACUUCGCUACGUCAGACCCUGUCAAGGACCCCAUCGGAUACGGCCUCUUCUGAGUCUGUCCCUUCAGAUCCAACUUCCACCCAAAAAGGAAACGUGAGUCCUCGUCUGUCUGCAUCGGACAACUCUGAUUUGGACACGGUUCCAACGCAGCGUGCCACUAAUCCGGUCCGAUCCAGACCAAAUGAAGAGGCCUCCCAUGAAACUGAGGAGGAAGUUCUACAAAGUUCCACCUAUGAUAGUUUUCACAGCAGCGGAGGGGAAGGAGAAGACUUGGAGCACAACGCAACCUUGCACCUCAGUGGAGAGGAUGGAGGCGCGUGUUGUGAGACAGUAUUUGACUCUGGAGAGACAGAGCACUGCAAUCAGGACUCACGCAAUUGCAUAUUAGAAGGGCCCAACAGAGGUGCGAGUGGAACCAAGACAAUGCCUGUCACCCCCGAUGAAACCCCCCUGGUUCCCAUGACAUUGUACCUGCACAGGGUCAAGGGUCUUGUGCUGGCCCUGCUGGUGGAGCCUCACUUCUUAUGUGACCAAGGUGCCAUGGAGGAAGUGUAUCACAGCUGCUUGGCGUCGCUAAACGGACUGGAGGCCCAUCUCAGAAGCAUCUCUCCAGUGGCGCCGGGCACCACGGGACCCUACAUCUUCGCCCACUUCGACUGCGCGGAGAGCACACUAACAACCAACCUGUCUGGGAGACCAGGGACAGCCCCCGAGCGUCCUUUUGUCAGAGCCACAUCACUCCUUCACUCGCAUUUCUGUAACACUGAAACUCUGCAGGAGGCUAUUAUCAGGAACGCCUCUACCGCUGUGUACGGCGCCCGCAACGCUGCCCACGAGACCUUUUUCCUGCAGCACGGCGUUACGCCAAGGAAUUCAGGCAUCCCCAACCACCAGGACAGUGCAUUCUCCUUGCCCAGCAAGGCUCGGCACAGACUGCUCAAACACGGCGUUAACCUACUCUGACAGUAUUUUAUUUUUAUUUGAAGCCUUUUGUCUUUUAGUAAACCUGAAUGUCACGUGUUUGCACAAGUGCCCACUGUAUUUCUUACAACUCUCACUCAUCUCAUUAGACAAUGCUUUGCACUGGAAAUAAUAUUAAACAUUUGUCGUCUGUGA